AUGAAGGUUGCCAUCUGCCUCUGCGCUCUCGUCGCCCUGGCCCUGGCCGCACCGCAGCAGCGUGAUGGAGGAGCGCUCACCGACGAGGCGAUCCGACAGGCCCAAACCCAGCAGCUGAUCCCACAGGACGCCCAGAUUCAGGGAGUCCAGCAGGGUAUCCAGGUGGCCGCACUCGAGUCGAUCCCCGGAGCCCAGCGUGUCGACCUGUUCCAGCUGCUCGGCGACCAGGUUCCGCGUGAGGUCAUCUCGAACCUGCAGUCGCAGGUGGACCAGGUUGGCCAGAACUAA